AUGCCGUCUCGCGGCAUUGGGGGCGUGCGGAUGCUUGCGCUUGUGCGCGGCGCUUUCCGCGCAGCGCACGCACCCACGAUGCUGCGUCCGAGCACGGCGAGCCUGGCGCAUGCUAUUACAAACGCACGAUUUGGCGCGGGUCCUAUGCGCACUUUUGCCACCCCCCCAAACGACCCCGACGAAAAAAAGGACAAGGCGCUUCGCGAGUCGAUCGAGCGCGGCCUCAAGGAGGCCAAAGAAGGGAAACGAACAAGUGAGGAGGAUGUGCCCGAGGAGCUGAAGCAGUUCUUUGGGAACAAGAAGCCAGAGCACCGCGCAUCUGAGAAGCGCGACGGGGAAAAUGACACGCGCCAGGAGCCGCCGAAAAAGUCUCCGAACAACAAUCAGAACAAUGAGCUGCGCUUGAAUAUGAAUAUGGUGAUUGCUAUUGUCUUUACCACCUAUAUUUUGUACCGCGUCACCGCUCCGGAGCAAACGACACGCGAGAUUACCUGGCAGGAUUUCCGCACGAAUUUCCUUGACAAGGGACUUGUCGAGCGUUUGGUCGUCGUGAAUCGCUCGCGCGUUACUGUUUAUUUGCACAACAAUGCUACCGGUGGCCAAAACAAUGGCGUCCUGGGCUCGCCACAGUUUUGGUUCAGCCUUGGCUCUGUCGAUGCAUUUGAGCGCAACUUGGACGAGGCGCAGCGCGAGCUCAGCAUCCCAUCCAACGAGCGUAUUCCUGUUUCUUACCAUGAUUCGAUCAGUAUGGCGUCAACCUUGCUGCACUUUGCGCCUACCUUAAUUCUUGCAGGACUCCUCUUUUACCUCACGCGCCGCGCUGCGGGCGGAGGCGUCGGCGGGGGCGGAGGCGGCCCGGGUGGCAUCUUUGGCAUCGGCAAGAGCCGUGCCAAGCUGUACAAUCAAGAGACGGAUGUCAAGGUCAAGUUUAACGACGUGGCUGGCAUGGAUGAGGCAAAGGAAGAGAUCAUGGAGUUUGUUAGCUUCCUCAAGAGCCCCGAGCGCUACGAGCGUCUCGGCGCCAAGAUUCCGCGUGGCGCUAUUCUCAGUGGGCCACCUGGCACCGGAAAAACGCUUGUGGCGAAGGCCACGGCGGGCGAAGCUGGCGUGCCGUUUUUGAGCGUCUCUGGCUCCGAGUUUGUGGAGAUGUUUGUGGGCGUCGGUCCCUCGCGUGUGCGCGAUAUGUUUGCAAACGCGAAAAAGCACGCGCCGUGCAUCAUUUUUGUCGACGAAAUUGAUGCGAUCGGCAAGUCGCGCGGCAAGGGCGGCAACUUUGGCGGCAACGACGAGCGCGAAAGCACACUCAAUGAGCUCCUUGUCCAGAUGGAUGGUUUCGGCACGAAUGAGCACGUUGUCGUGCUUGCCGGCACGAACCGUCCGGAUGUGCUCGAUCCUGCCCUGAUGCGCCCUGGCCGCUUUGACCGCCACAUUGCCAUCGACCGCCCCGACAUUAGCGGGCGCAAAGACAUCUUUUUGGUGCACCUCAAGCCUUUGAAACUUGCCGCGAGCGUCCAUGUCGACCUGCUCGCAGAUAAGCUCAGCACCCUCACGCCGGGCUUUUCGGGCGCCGACAUUGGCAACGUGUGCAACGAGGCAGCAUUGAUUGCUGCACGCGAUGAGGCGACUGCGAUCGAGGAGCACCACUUUGAGCUCGCCAUCGAGCGCGUGAUUGCUGGCCUCGAGCGCAAGAGCCGCGUGCUUUCCCCGGAAGAAAAGACGACGGUGGCGUACCACGAGGCGGGCCACGCCGUCUGUGGCUGGUUCUUGGAGUAUGCGGACCCACUGCUCAAGGUCUCCAUCAUUCCGCGCGGUGUCGGCGCGCUUGGAUAUGCACAGUACCUCCCCAAAGAGCGCUACUUGUUCAGCACCGAGCAGCUCCUCGACCGCAUGUGCAUGACCCUUGGCGGCCGCGUAUCCGAGGAGAUUUUCUUUGAACGCAUAACUACCGGAGCGCAGGACGACUUGUCUAAAAUCACGCGCAUGGCAUUCGAGAUCUGUGCGUCGUACGGCAUGAAUGACAAGCUCGGCCCUGUAUCCUACCGCACGGACCAAGAAUCGAUGCACAAGCCAUACUCGGAGCGCACCGGAGAGAUGCUCGACGAGCAGGUACGCAAGCUGGUCGUUACCGCACACACACGCACCACCGAGCUCCUCUCGAAGCACAAAGAGGACGUCGAAAAGGUGGCCAAGCUCUUGCUCGAGCGCGAAGUCAUCACGCGCGAAGAUAUGACGAAACUGCUGGGCAAGCGCCCAUUCAAGUCUGCAGACGAGGCGGACGAGUACUUGGACAGAAAGGGCCGGCUCGCACGCAAGGGCGAGUCGAGCGCGCCGCCGCCACCAGAGGAAAUCAACCCCGAGCCCAAGGUGGCUUCCGCGCCGCCCCACGUCCCAUAG